GCUCAGUGUGACACAACACUCAUGUACUCUCAGUGUGUAGUACACAAUGACUUUGUGACUUUGGAGAGGAUUGUGUCUACACAACAGUCAUUGAUCUGUCUAGUAGUGUUUACCUCAGCCACCAGAUUUUUACCAGGUCUGUUUGCUAUCAACUGAACUAUAGACAUCAUGGGAGAUUCUGAGAGACAGUCUAUCAGGUAUGUGCCAGCCAAGUCCAACUAUGAAGAAGCCGUGGCGGGUCUGAGCCUUGAAGACGUCACCCCAACCACCGCCGUGGUCUCUGCCAGGCUGCAAAGAAAAGGUCCGGUCACAGACCCCCUGAUAAUGCCCAUCUAUCACUCCAGCACGUACGUGCUAGAGAAGGCCGAGGAUUGCUUGACAGCAACAGCAGAGGGUGCGCCUAUCUACUCCCGGCUGUCCAACCCAACCACGGAGGCUGCUGAGGCCAUUAUCAACUCCCUGGAGAGGGGCGCUGGCUCCAUUACCUUCAGCAGCGGCAUGGCGGCAGUGACGUCAGUGAUGUUGGGUUUUCUGAGGAGCGGAGAUCACGUGAUUUAUCAACUUCCGGUGUAUCCCGGCACAGCCACUGCUCUCAAGCACAUGAAGAGCGCCUUCGGAGUGGAGCUGACUUCUCUAAAGGACGUCACUGUGGAGAAAGUGGAGCAGCUCAUCAAGCCCAACACUAAGCUUCUGUGGUUUGAGACUCCUUGCAAUCCUGAUGCUACAGUUGUAGAUGUUGAGAGACUGGCAGCGCUGGCCAAAGCCAAGAACAUCCUGAUAGCUGUGGAUGGCACAUUUGGGAGUCCGGCUCUGCAGCACUUUAUACCAUACGGCAUUGACUUUUCUGUUCACAGCUGCACCAAGUACAUAGGCGGACACUCGGAUCUGAUUGGUGGAGUGGUGACCACCAAAACUGUGCAACAGUGGCGUGUCCUCAAACAUAUUCAAGGAACAUAUGGUAACAUGCUGUCCCCGCACGACGCAAGUCUGGUGAUAAGAGGGCUGAAAACUUUAAUUCUAAGGAUGGAGAAAAUCAGUGCCAACGCCCUGAGGGUGGCUACGUUUCUGGAGCAGCACCCUAAGGUCCAGCGUGUCCACUACCCUGGCCUCAAGUCUCACCCACAGCACGAGAUCGCCAAGAAACAGAUGUCUGCAUACAGCGGGAUGAUCAUGGCAGAGAUCAAAGGAGGAGAACAAGGAGGCAGAACAGUGGCGGAGAAUGUCAGGGUGAUAAGGUUGGCCGUGUCACUCGGUGGCGUGGAGAGUCUGGUGGAGCACCCCUACAGCAUGACCCACGGCAAGUACUUACUGACCAGUGAGGAGACGGAUGAAAGUGGAAUAACUCCAGGCAUGCUGAGGAUCAGCAUCGGUAUUGAAGACGCAGGCGAUCUUAUCAAAGAUUUCGACCAGGCUUUAGAGAAAGUUGUACUGUAAACCAUCUAGAUGAAUCCAGUAGAGCGAACUCUAUUAGUCUACUUGUAUGUGUUACUAACUUUUCAUGUUUUUCUGAGUUUUUGUUGUAAAAUAAAAUCUGUUUAAACAAAA